AUGUCCCUCGAGCCACCGACCUACCUCACCUCGUUGCAGAACAACAUCAGAGCUCGACCGAUACCAUGGGAGGGUGCAGUGCGAGCAGGAAACAUUACGGAAGAGCAGCUGAAACGGGUCAAGGCUGUUGAUAAGGUGCGGAAGGACUCCAGACAAAAGACGAUUGAGAAAGAUGUGGCGGCAUACACUUCUCUGCUGGCCGGUAAUGGGUCGGAGAAGAGCAUCUUGGAGUCUGCUACUCGAAGGACAGAUAUAAUACAGUACAUUCUCGUCCUCGCCGGAGAUCUAAUUAGUGAUGUACCGGCUCUGACAUCAGCUCUGGUGGAGAGCAGCGAGAGCUAUCGACACUUCCUCCCUCUCCUUACCAACUCGACAAACUCAGAGGAUCCAAUUCCCCUGCUCACUUCGUCCCUGCUGGCCAACCUUGUCUCGGCCUCGCUCAGGGCUACUUCCAAGACAUCUCCAAAGGACGAGGUUGCCCUGCCAAAACUCUAUGCUUACCUGUCUACUUUGACGAAGAGUGCGGAUACCGGGCUACAGGAUAUAGGGGUGCAAGGAUACUCCGCUUUGCUGCGGACAAAGAGAUCAAGAGAAAUUUUCUGGAAGGAGAGGAAUGACACUGUCGAACCACUGAUCGGGAUUCUGCGCGCCGCAGCUGGUCCAACCAAGGAUAACGGGUCCUCUCUGGGUGGAAGUCGAGCUGGGGAAACCGGUAUUAGCGGCGGAGUUGGGAUCCAGCUUUUGUACCAUGUGCUUCUUGUGUUGUGGCAGUUGAGCUUUGAGGCAGACUUGAUUGGUGCCCAGCUUGAAUCGGAACAUGAAAUAAUCGCACUGUACACCAACUUGCUAAGGCUUUCACCUAAGGAGAAGACUACUCGUCUCCUGCUCUCAACGCUCCGUAACCUACUAUCCAGCAGCAAAGCGAAUCUUCUCCCAAAUGCGGUGGUGGUGCGUCUACCAGCCAUGCUGAGUAACCUGAACAGCCGCCAUCUAAGUGACCCUGACUUGCUUGAGGACCUUUCUGCCCUGACAGAGAUGCUCGAUGAAUAUACGAAGAAGCAGACCACGUUCGACGAGUACGCUGCAGAAGUACAAGCUGGCCACCUUCGCUGGUCACCCCCGCACCGCAACCCAACUUUCUGGCGUGAGAAUGCACGCCGAAUCCUGGAUGAGGAUGGAGGAAGCCUACCCAAGAAACUGGUCGAGAUCCUGUCGAAGGACUGGGAGACAGACAAGCAGGUUUUGGCUAUUGCGUGUAACGACGUUGGGUGUCUGGUGAGGGAAGUGCCCGAGCGACGACACCAGCUGGACAAACUAGGUCUGAAGGCGCGAGUGAUGGCCUUGAUGACUGACCGGGAAGAGUCCGUGAGAUGGGAGAGUCUCCGAGCUGUGGGAGAGUGGCUGAGAUAUACAACUGCACAACAGAAACCAACCCCAGAAGUACGGAACAGAGAUCCUGUUUGCCACCAAGAUCAGAAGCCUCAAACGACAUCCCAUUGGCCAGUCACCAUGUUGCGAAUCUUCAAGAAGCAGGGCCAGGACGCCAGCCAUUGGACAGGGAGUAUUAAGGCCGGUAUUCGGUAUGUUCCCUGUCGAACAAGAAAGCCAUCCCAUCGAUCGAGAAACGGCCUGCACCGAAGAAGCAAAGAGACGUCCACUUCGUCUGUCGCCUUCGCCUGGGAUGAGGGAACACCGCAGCUCAUGGCCGCCGGUUCCCCGUAUAUAAAAAUAUUUAAAUAUGCACUCUUCCCUCCUCCCGUGAAGUCCUUGACACAACAUACUUACGCCAUUAACAAAGAGGAGCAUUCCAUCCCGUGUCCUGGCGCAUGUGGCAUAAAAGCAACCACCAACGACGAAGAUAACUUGGGAGUGAGGACCGAAUUUCGUGCGAAGGGACGAAGGAAGCCAGACAGACGGACGGAAGACGAGAAGACGAAAAGACGAAAAGAACGACCUAAGAGAGGCCUGAGUGCCUGCCGUCCACGUGAUUCUGCCUUAGCGCCGAAGUUCUUCAGGCUCUCCAAAUCAGGGGGUUGUUGGACGAGUCUGAGGGAGAGCUGGGAAGCCCCUGAACCAACUCCACCCCUCGUCCACCCGGUAAAAGGAGGAACCGCCAACGAGCAGGAGACGCCAGAAAGAGCGAAAAGGGAGAGACAGAGAGACGGAGACGUCAAGCCUGGCCAAUAUGGCGGCUUUUCUAUCGGAGGGGACCACUACGGCGCCACCAGGCGCCACUCCUGUCUCUCCUCAGAGCUGCUACUGGGACAGUACGCGCACUUCCUCGACUUCGAGUUUCUCUUCUCCCUACAACUGCUACCAAAACGACUCCAACUACGCAUCUACCCCUUCGCCGCCGCCGGUGCCGCCGCCAAUUCGCAGAAAGCCGCUACCGCCCAACGUCGCUCCUUUGCACUUGACGGCUGA